GUAGUCAGUCAACCUACACCAGUCUUUUGUUUGUGACUCGCGCGCAACCGGGCCGACGCAUGCGCGUAAAUGAGUUAUAAAUUAAAAAGUGUUUAAACAAAUAAUUAGUGAAAAUGGCUAGUUUUAUGCUACAUGUGACUGUUUUGUGUUUUGUUAAUUUGAUUUUGGAAGCAACGGAUGGGCUUGCGGUGCCAUCCCGACGAACGUGCGUGAUUGGCGCUGGGUACGGCGGACUUGCGUCUGCGCGGUACCUCAAACAGUAUGGCGUCGAAUUCACCGUGUUUGAGGCGCAACGGAGCCUUGGCGGGAACUGGAGAUUCCAGACUGAUUUAGAGGAGGAUGGUCUGCCAGAGUUCACGGGGAUUUAUAAACAACUAAGAACAAAUACACCGCGGCAGACCAUGGAGUUCGCCAACUGGUACUUCCCUGACUCCACACCGACGUAUCCCAGUGGUCCCUGCUUCUACAAAUACCUGAAAAACUUCACCAAAGAGUUCGAUCUCGAGAAACAUAUAGAGUUCCGCUCUUUAGUGACGUCAGUGAAAUGGGCGGGCACCCAAUGGGAGAUCUCAUACACGAAGACAGACACCAAAGAGAACGCAACGGCGACGUGUGGUUUCGUGAUCCUCGCCACCGGACAUCUGGGGAAGCCAAAGAUACCUAAGUUUGAAGGCCAGGAUAGUUUUAAAGGCAAAAUAAUCCACGUCCAAAAGUACAAAGACCCCGAGCCCUUCAGAAACCGACGAAUCCUCCUGAUCGGCGCCGGCCCUUCAGGUCUGGACUUAGCUACGCAUUUGACCAAUCAGAGCGCUCGGUUGGUCCACAGCCAUCAUUUGAAGUACAACCAGCCGUAUUUCGGGGAAAAUUAUGUAAAGAAACCUGAUGUGAAGAUGUUCACGAGUAAUGGUGUGGUGUUUGAGGAUGACAGCUUUGAAGAGAUUGACGAUGUGAUACUUUGCACAGGAUACGAGUUCGACUUCAGCAUUCUACACGAGAGCUGCGGGCUGACAGUCUCCAGCAAGUUCGUGCUGCCGGUCUACCAGCACAUGGUGAACAUCCGGAGACCCAGCAUGGUGCUGCUGGCGCUGCCUAAGCCGAUCAUCACCCGGGCUAUUGAUGUUCAGGCGGAUUACGCAGCGUCGUUGGCAGCGGGUAAAUUCGAGCUGCCCUCACAAGAGACAAUGCUCAAGUCAUGGCUGCAACACGUGUAUUCUCUACAGACCAGGGGCAAGAAGAUUGUCGAUGUUAACUUCUUGGCCGACCAGCAGGACCAGUACUUCGCCAACCUCACCGCUGAAGCCGGCAUCACGCGAGUGGCCCCUGUACUAACCACAAUAAGGGACUUCAACGCCAAAAACCGCCUCGAAGACUUACUCAACUACAGGGACUAUGACUACAAAGUACUAGAUGAUCACAACUACGACAGAUUCUACAACCCGAGGAAUGAGACCUGUAAUAUUUUAGCCUGAUUAGUAAUUUUGUAUAGUAGGUAAAAUAGAAUAGGAAUAGAUCAGCUCUCUGAAGCCCUGUGGCAGUUAGUCACUUUCUAACACGGCUGCUGUUUGCUCUAGGAUUGCAAGUAGUGCCUUGAUAUGUAUCUUGAAUUGCAUAUCACAACUACCUACAGCAAAAUUUCGUGAUGUAGAUGGAGUUAGACAAACUUCGAUCUUACAAUUGUCAUCUUGGCUACGUACCCUGAUCUGAAGUUGUCGCGAGCGGGACUGACUGGGGCUUCAUGUGAAGACCGCCUUAUUUCCUAGCACCUGUAAUAAUUCCCAGGCAUCAGGCGACCUGUGGUGAUUGGCAGUUUAUAAUAAUUAUCCAUUAUCCAUGCUAAAGAACAAAAACUAGAAUUAUGCACUAAUAUGUGCAUUACGCUUUAAUUUGGAUUAUAACGAUAGUUACCUAUUGUAGAUAGUUUUGUAUAAGUACAAAUAUAUAAGAUGUAACAUUGA